AUGAAAGUCGCACAGCCUCUUCUCGCAAAGAGCUUCCUCGCGCGGAGCUUUGACGAGCUCAAGAGGCGCUCCAGCAUAGCCUGGAACCUCGACGCCGUCAAGGGUCCCUCGGGCCCCCGCGAGCUCUACGACUUCCAUAGCGCCGAUUCCGUGGGCAACUGUAUUGUCAUGUCUGAUAAAUUGAUCGGUGGCUCCUCCACUAGCAGUCUUGACUUUAUCCGUUCCUCGAAUUCCUCCCCCCCGCCGUCCUACGCACGCUUCUCCGGCCACAUCUCAACCUCACUGCCACCAGAUCGCCUGGCAAUUCAGCGGACAGGCUAUGCCGCGUUUCGGACGCCAGAUCAGCCUCCCACAGUCUUUGGUCGCUCUGUUUGGGAUAUAGACCCUUACGCAUAUCUUGCAUUGCGGAUCAAGUCCGAUGGCAGGGCAUAUUACGUCAAUGUACAGACAGAGAGCGUUGAGCCGACAGACCUACAUCAGCAUCGACUAUUCGCAAAGCGCCCUGGGCAAUGGGAAACGAUUCUAAUUCGGUGGAAUGACUUUGUACGCACAAACCAUGGCUUCGUUGUCGAGCCACAAACGGAGCUUCUGAGACAAAGAGUCCAUAGUGUAGGCAUUGGGCUGACGGAUCGCGUGGAAGGGCCCUUUGAGCUCUGCAUCGAGAGAGUAUGGGCAACAAAUGGAGCUGAAGACACACGCACAACGAAAGAAGCACAGGAAGGAGAGCUGAAGAACAGGAAGGGUGAGAAGAUUCAGUGGUGA